AUUGGAAAAGCAAAUCCGGUUCUUCUCGCUUAUUGACAACAAUUGACUGGGAUGAAUUCUGAUCAAUGGACUCGAAUGAAAUGGAAGAUCUAAAGGAACAGGAAAUCUCGAGUGCACAUCCUGCUGGAAGGUCCGGAGAGUCUGAUUGGAAACGGAGGAGUGAUUCAGUUUACUUGCUAAACUCUGCGGAGUUGUCAGGAGAAUCUGCUUUCGACUGUGUGUUCCUCCAUGGUCUUCCUUUCAAACCUACGCGUGAGGCACAUAAAGUAACUUGGAUAUCUCGAACUAAGCCAUCAGAAGUAUGGCUGAAUUGGCUUUACGAAAUUAACCCUAGCAUACGUAUACUAGCAGUCUCCUACGAAGAUAGCAUCAAGAAAGAUAGCAAUAUGGAUUUAUAUCUGGUGGCAGAGAAUCUGUUGGGGGAGCUGACACGGGCAGAUGUUGGUAAAAACAGACCAUUCAUAUUCGUUUGUCACUGUUUUGGAGGAAUAGUUGCAAAAGCAGUUUGUCGAAGAGCUAACGAGAGGAAGGAACUGUAUACCACUUUUCUUCAAAACCUGAAAGGCUUCUGCUACUUCGGAGUGCCUCAUCGUGGAUAUCGCUCAUUGACAGAUAUUGUAGGAAAAACUAACAUAGCGGAAGGAGAGUGGUUUGAGUACGUGAAGGUGUCCAGCAAUAAAUUGUCGAGACUCAAUGAACUUCAUGACCUUCUUCGUAAUGAGUACGAUUGGAAGGUCACAGGCUUGGGUGAAUCUUUACCUACGGAACUGGAAAACGGACGCCGUGAAGUCCUAGUUGAAGAGGCAUCUGCAAGAUACUUCAACUUCAUGAUAGUCCCCGAUGCAGACCACUAUUCAAUCUGCCAGCCAAAUAGUAGAGAUAGCAGCUCGUAUCAGUUCUUAGAAACUUUUAUUGAAACGAUUCUAGCCCAGGUCACGAUGACUGCAGAAAAUAUGCAAGACCUGCCGCAGAUAAAAGUCGGUCUACUCAAGGAAAUUCCAGAAAUCUCUCGGAAAGUUGAAGAAAUCCACCAAGAAUUGGAGAAACAUAAAGCUUUGGGAUUUUGGGGGAUGGUAGGAGUUGGGAAAACCACUCUCUGCAAAUAUUUUUUUAAUGCUCUAUGGAACGCCUUUCCUUACACGCUUUUCGCUGAGGGCGUCAAGCAGAUUCCUGGUGACGAGAGAGAAUUCGAGGAGACGGUGUUGAGUCUCGUGCAUCACAAAGGCAAGAAGAUUACCCCAGCACCUAACUUGGUCCAGUUGAGAGGGAAGAAGUUACUGGUGGCGUUCGAUGAUGUAGAAAAGGACAGGGAAAUCGAACUGCUGAGAAAGCUCAGCCGCACCUUGUUGAGCAGUAGCCGCUUCAUCGUAGCAUCACAGAAUCGACAGAUGUUAAACAAGAUCGAUGGCAUACACAUAGUUAGAGUUGCACCUUUAGAUGGGGAGGAUUCUAAACUGCUGUUCAAGACGCGUGCGUUCCCAGACAACCAACCUUUGCAAGAGUGGCAGACAAAGUGCAUGGAGGAAAUAGUGCAAGCGUGUGGAGGUCUGCCAUCGUCCUUGUAUGAUGUAGCUGAUUAUCUGAAAAAGGUUGAUGACAAAGAGGUGUGGCAACAGAUAACCCCUCAUUUGAUGAAUGGAUACCGCGGAGAUUUUGUUGGACGCGAUAAAGUGUGGAAGCCUCUGACUAUGAGCGAUAAAGUGUGGAAGCCUCUGACUAUGAGCGAUAAAGUGUGGAAGUCUCUGACUAUGAGCUACGACAAACUCGGGCCCGAGGAAAAGCAAAUGUUUUUAGAAGCUGCAACAUUUUUCCAAGAAAGAUUCGUGGAGAAUCACGGGUGGAGACAUGGCCAGAGACAGUGGACGUUAUCCGAAGCGAAGGUUAUUUGGAGUAUGAUAUAUCAAUAUGAAGCUCUACACUGGAAAACACUGGUUGACCGGUCACUAGUUUCUCAAGUACCAGACGAUUCAGUGAUCAGGAUCCAUGAACUGUUAAAGCGCUUCGGCCACUCGUUGACUGAUAACGACGACUUCAAGAUUCGGGUCGACAGUGUCGAGAACCUUUUAAAAAUUUUACAAGAUGUCGAUCGUAAGAUUAAGAACGUGCACACUUUGCAGGUGGUAUGUGAAGAAAUCUCUGGUCAAUAUUCCACGAAAAUUUGCUUGAAAUGCCGCAUUCCUGAAUCUGGAGGGUAUUCAAAUUGUGAACAUCUCUCCCAGCGUCUUCCUUUACACGAAAUUUGCAGUAUGGGGAGACUGCGGUGUCUACAAUUGGUGGACUGCGAGGUAGAAAAAGGCAAAGCUACAUUGCCUAGAUCCGUUGUCGUGUUCAGCAGCCAGAACAGUGGGAAGAAUAUAUCAUUCGCAAAGUCCAGCCUGCUUGUGUACUUGUCAAUGACGGCUUUGAAAAUAGACUGCUUGCCAGAGUCUGUGUGUGGGCUGAGCAACCUUCAAUUCCUACACCUGGAAGCUGGAAACCUCCGGUCUUUGCCUGAUAACUUUGGCAGCCUACAGAAACUGCGGUUGCUGAAGCUUGUAGCCCAGAAACUGAAGAGGCUUCCAGACUCUUUCAGUCGGUUGCAGGAUCUUCAAAAAAUACAUUUGGAGUGCGACCUGUUGAAAUGCCUGCCCGAAAGUAUUGGCCACUUGACACAGUUGCAAGAACUGAACCUCAAAUGCCAAACUCUAGUCAGCUUGCCACCGUCUAUUGGUGAACUGCUCGCCCUUCAAGACCUCAGCCUACGAUGCAACGCACUUGAGAUAUUGCCUGAUCGAUUUGGUGCGUUGGUAGGUCUUCAAAAGCUAGAGUUGCAAUGCGACAAACUCCAGAGUCUACCAGAGUUUUUUGCCAGAAUGUCGCAGUUGCGAGAGUUGAUCCUUGUGUGCCAGAACCUUCGACGGUUGCCUCGAUCCUUCCUUCCGGAACCGGAAGCGCUUCAGUACGUCUGUCUUCAAUGUGACAGUCUCGAAGGUGUACCAGAUUCUUUUGUUGCUAUGCAGGCCCUUCACACACGAGAGGUCAGGUGAAUCUGUUAUGGGUUGAGUGCCACAAUUGAAAGUAAAAUAGACUAGGUGAAAGUAAUAAAAUACCCUGGAAUUUUCAGAUCAAUUGAAACAUUCGAGGUCCAUUGGGGUAACCCUGUACUCAAUGAGUACUACGAGUAUGGCGAGCCAAGAGUGUAAAAUUUCCAUUCACAUGGAAGAUUCGAGCAGAGAGGCAGAUGACCACUCUGAGGAUAUGUUAGUACUUACGGUUAAAGUAAAAGGUUCAAAGACGAGGAUGUAUAUUUCUUAAGAAAAUGACUACUCAUAGAAGUCUGAUCAU